AUGUCCCCUUUUGAUUCUUCUCCUCAGACAAGUCACAGCAACAGCACUAGUCCAAGUGGUGGUGGUGAUGUGUUGCUGAAAUGGGGUAAAAGAAAGAGAUCAAGAGUUUCUAGAACUCUCAUUGAAGAUUCAUCAUCUUCUGUUCAUGUAAAUCAAAGGAAAAAGUUUCCUGCUAAGUUUUCCUCUGCAUCUAUGCCUCCUCCACCACCACUUGUUUCUUCUUCUACUAACUCCAAUGCUAGAGUUAGAAAACAUAAUAACCCUAGGAAUUUGGAAGAUUCUUCAGAGGCUUCAAGAAUGAGUUCAAUUGUUUCUAGAUCUGCAGAACAGAAAGUAUCUGUUUCGUGUAUUGAAAGAAGUAACAGAAGAAUGUCUUGUUCAAGUUCAGCAGCAAAGUGUGAUAAGAAGAAGCGAAAUGGAUCUUCAACAACACAAGCCAGUGAGAGAUUGAAUUCUCGUGAUAAUGAUAGUAAUGGAGAAAAAGUUAGUGUUAAGGUAAUUGAAUGGCCAAAGAUAUACAUUGGUCUUUCAAAAAAAGAGAAAGAAGAUGACUUUCUUGCAAUGAAAGGGACAAAAAUAUCUCAGAGGCCAAAGAAGAGAGCAAAGAACAUUGAUAGAACUCUUCAGUAUUGUUUUCCUGGAAUGUGGCUACCAGAUCUAACAAAGAGUAGAUAUGAAGUUAGGGAGAAGAAAUCUGUCAAGAAGCAAAAGUGUAGCAGAGGGUUGAAAGGAAUGGGAAGUUUGGAAAGUGAUUCAGAGUAG